GUCCACAGAUGGCAGCAGUGGUCAGUGUUCAAGAGACCGCGGCACGAGGACUACACUAACAAGGACUUUUAUAGCUUUUAACUGUGAAUAGAUAUGAAGAUUGAAGAAGUAAAGAGUACGACCAAGACACAGCGAAUUAAUGCUCAUUCUCACGUGAAAGGUUUAGGGUUGAGAGAAGAUGGGACAGCGGAACCCUCAUCUGCAGGCCUGGUGGGUCAGGUCCAGGCCAGAGAGGCAGGAGGUUACUUAGUUGACCUGAUUCGCACAAAGAGAAUGUCUGGCCGAGCAGCCCUGUUUGCCGGACCUCCAGGAACUGGCAAAACUGCAAUUGCUCUUGCUCUUGCACAGGAACUUGGAAGCAAGGUGCCAUUCUGUCCAAUGGUUGGCUCGGAGGUAUACAGCUCAGAAGUCAAGAAGACGGAAGUAUUAAUGGAGAACUUUCGGCGUGCAAUUGGUCUUCGUAUUAAAGAAGUUAAGGAGGUUUAUGAAGGAGAAGUCACAGAACUCACACCGGUUGAGACUGAAAAUCCAAUGGGAGGAUACGGGAAAACUGUGAGUCAUGUUUUAAUUGGCUUGAGGACAGCCAAAGGAACAAAACAGUUAAAACUGGAUCCAAGUAUAUAUGAAACACUUCAGAAAGAGCGUGUAGAAGUUGGGGAUGUCAUCUAUGUUGAAGCCAAUUCUGGGGCAGUCAAGAGACAAGGACGUUCUGAUACUUAUGCGACAGAGUUUGAUCUAGAGGCAGAAGAGUAUGUUCCAUUACCUAAAGGCGAUGUACACAAGAAGAAGGAAGUGAUCCAGGAUGUGACUCUUCAUGACCUGGAUGUUGCCAAUUCCCAGCCACAGGGAGGUCAAGACAUACUCUCUAUGAUGUCACAGCUGAUGAAGCCAAAAAAGACAGAAAUAACAGAAAAGCUGCGGUUGGAAAUCAACAAAGUUGUGGAUAAAUACAUUGACCAAGGUAUAGCAGAGUUGGUACCAGGUGUGCUGUUUAUUGAUGAGGUGCACAUGUUGGACAUAGAGUGUUUCACAUUCCUUCAUCGUGCACUGGAAUCAAGAAUAGCACCCAUAGUUGUCUUUGCCACAAACAGAGGACGUUGUGUCAUCAAAGGCACAGGAGAUGUUGUAUCAGCACAUGGCAUUCCACGAGACUUACUAGAUCGCUUAAUUAUUGUACGUAUGCAACCAUAUGGCCAAGAUGAGGUAGCCCAGAUAAUCCGAAUUAGAGCGCAAACUGAAGGCGUUAAAAUUGAAAAUGAUGCCUUACAAGAACUUACUUCAAUUGCUAAAAGAGCAUCACUCAGAUAUUCUGUAAGGCUGUUGACACCAUCAAAUGUUGUGGCUCAGCAGAAUGGAAAUGAUUCUGUUACUGUUGAAGAUGUGAAAGAAGCCGCUGAUUUGUUUAUGGAUGCUAAAACAUCAGCAAAGAUGUUGGCAGAAAAUCCAGAAAAAUACAUGAAGUGAUUUGAGUAUAUCUGAGAACAUGGUCAAACAUUUAUUAAAGGUAACAUUGGCAAUGUAGAAGUACUGUACAUGAAGAUGAGUGGAUGCUGAUAUUGCAAGAUAUGCAUGUCAAAAAGUACCAUACUAUAUAUUUUGAUUGAAUUCAGCAAAAGUUUUACUGUAGUGAAUCUGAUAAAGAUUAGGAAGUUAAUUUGUCAAGCAUUGAUACUUUUCUUUAUGGUACCAGCAGACAGGGUAGGAGGAAGCAUUAGAGUAGUAUUCCCUGCACUUUAAGUGAUUAAUUUCCAAACCUUUAAACAUCUGCUUACGCUAUCUUCUAUUAUCCUAAGGUGGGAUAAAAGUAAAAUUAGACCUGAUCAUGGUGUUAUGAUUAACAUAGGUCUCAAAUGCCUAGUGUUACUCUUUUUGGCCUCAGUUGCUAUUCAAUUAGGAUAAAACUUGUAAUUAUUCAAUGAUGUCUUACAAUGGCGGUAUCAAGAAAAGUACUGUUAUUAGAUAUUCCAAAGCAAACAUUAUUUAAUAUUAUGGUCAGAGAGGUAAUGUAAUGGAUUUCACAUUAUUCUCAAACUAAUUUUGUAGGCAUGGUAAUUUUUUUUUAUUUUGUUGUGUGUUUCAGAUCUGACAUUGCUUUGGAGAUUGGAUGAGAAUAAAGUUAUAUUAGAAACCAAUAUUCGUUACUGAAAACUCAUUUCUUCACUGAGAAAAACAGGUGUGAAAAUACAGUACUGUAUCACAUUGUGGUACAGUACUCAGUACAAAAAGUUAUUGUAUCAUUAAUGUGAUUUAUUAUUAAAAACAUUUUACAUCAA